AGGCAGCCCUCGAGCUACAGGUUUGCUCUCGUCUCGCUGCGUGUCUUGAUCGCUACUGGAAGCCUUGCUGCAACCGCGAUGGAUCCUCAGGAUUGCACCUGCGCCACUGGGGGCUCUUGUUCCUGUGCUGGUUCCUGCAAAUGCAAAAAUUGCAAAUGUACUUCUUGCAAAAAAAGCUGCUGCUCCUGUUGCCCGGCUGGCUGCAACAACUGCGCCAAGGGCUGUGUCUGCAAAGAGCCGUUGUCGAAUAAAUGCAGCUGCUGCGGCUAAAAAUGCCGUUUUCUUUUCUUGGUGUAAAUAGUCUAUGAUUUAAAAAAAGACAAUUUUCAUAUUCUGUAACUGAUUUUUCAUGCAGAUAAAAAAGAAAAAUGUUAUCUUCAGAAAAAUAAAGUUUUUUUUAAUUUGACAA